AAAUACUAAUUGAGUGUAUGUAAACUUCUGGCCCACUGGGAAUGUGAUGAAAGAAAUAAAAGCUGAAAUAAGUAAUUCUCUCUACUAUGAUUCUGACAUUUCACAUUCUUAAAAUAAAGUGGUGACCCUAACUGACCUAAGACAGGGAAUUUUUACUAGGAUUAAAUGUCAGGAAUUGUGAAAAACGGAGUUUAAAUGUAUUUGGCUAAGGUGUAUGUAAACUUCUGACUUCAACUGUAUAUGCCCUCCAAAGAAGGGUUUGUCAGAAGUUAGUAGGCCUCUUCCUUAUUGUCUUUGUGUUUCUUCUGGUCAGAGGGAGAAUGUGCUCCGUGUUAAACUAAUGGGUGUAUGAGACUUGACAUCAGAAGAGUUACAGGGUUUGGUGGUGUCCCAUCCUUUCAAGUUGUUGGCCUGAGGUAGGACUAAAUAGAUUAAAAUAGUGGAGUAGGGUGGUGUUACAUUUUAUAAUUAAAAAAAUUGUGAGUGCAGUGUUAGAUGGUAGGGUAUUUGUUUGUUUAUUUUUUCAACGAAAGUACAAGGGAGUUGUACUCCAGUCUAGUAGCUGGCGGUAAUGCAACAUUUUAAUGGACGCCAACUGCCGUUAAACCUCAUCAAAGAAGAAGAAUCCGACCAUUGAAGUAAACAUGGCAGACGACAAUCCCGUAGCGGAUGUUCAACUGCCUCCAGCUUCUGAAAUCAGGAAGCCUCGUCCUAAAAAAGCGCCUGAGCUCCCUAUUUUGGAGAGAAGAAACUGGCUCAUCCAUCUUCACUACAUCCGUAAAGACUAUGAGACCUGUAAGUCAAUCAUCAAAGAGCAGCUACAAGAAACCGGGGGGAUGUGUGAAUAUGCCGUCUAUGUACAAGCUUUAAUCCUUCGCCUGGAAGGGAAAAUACAGCAGUCACUGGACCUGUUCCAGAGCUGUGCAAUACUCAACCCUGGCAGCUCGGAUAACCUCAAACAAGUGGCCAGAUCCCUAUUUCUCCUUGGUAAGCAUAAGGCUGCCAUAGAGGUUUACAAUGAGGCUUCACAGCUCAAUGAGAAAGAUUGGGAGAUCAGCCACAACUUAGGUGUGUGCUACAUCUAUACCAAAGACUUCAACCAUGCAGAAGAGCAGUUGAACAUCGCCCUGGAGUUGAGCAAGCACGACCUGACCUACAUGAUGCUGGGAAAGAUUCACCUGCUGGAAGGGGACACUGACAAAGCCAUCGACGUGUACAGAAGUGCUGUUGAGUUUUCUCCUGAAAACACGGAUCUUCUCACCACUCUUGGCCUGCUAUACAUGCAACAAGGCAAAUAUCAGAAAGCUUUUGAACACCUUGGGAAUGCCCUGACGUAUGACCCCAACAACUUUAAGGCCAUCCUGGCAGCCGGCAGCAUGAUGCAGACGCAUGGGGACUAUGAUGUUGCCAUGAAUAAGUACCGCGUGGCAGCUUAUGCUGUACCUGAGAGCUCACCCCUCUGGAAUAACAUUGGCAUGUGCUUCUUCGGAAACAAGAAAUAUGUGGCGGCCAUCAGCUGUCUGAAGAGGGCCAACUACCUGUCUCCGUUUGACUGGAAAAUCCUGUACAACCUGGGCCUGGUGCAUCUCACCAUGCAACAGUAUGCCUCAGCCUUCCACUUCCUCAGUGCUGCCGUCAACCUGCAGCCAAAGAUGGCAGAGCUCUAUAUGCUGCUGGCAGUUGCACUUACUAAUAUGGAUGACGGGGAGAAUGCCAAGCGAUCAUACGAGCAAGCAGUGUUGUUGGAUGACUGUAACCCCUUGAUCAAUCUGAAUUUCGCAGUCCUGUUGUACAAUCAAGGAGACAAAAAAGGAGCCACAGAUCAGUACCUGGAGAUGGAGAGUAAAGUGACGGAAAGCAGCCAUAAUGCCGAAUUUGACCCAGAGCUCAUUGAGAUGGCCCAGAAGUUGGCAUCUGCCCUCCAGGUGGGAGAGACCUCGGUGUGGACCAAGCCAGGUAAGGACUCCAAAGUCAGUCAGCGCUCCAAGACCACGUCCCUGCAGCCCCUGGGCACCAACCAGGCCCUUGGGCAGGCCAUGUCUUCAGCUGCCAGCAAAAGCAUCCAGCUCGCUGCAGGCUCUAAGGCUCCACCCAAGUCCACCUCCACGCCACUAGAUGAAGAGCAUGAUGUGGAGAAUGCCCCUUCCCCCUCCCCUAGGGGACCCUGAGUCAGAGGAUCCCAAAGCCAAAGAGAAGAAGAGCAAGUCUAAACCUGUGGCUGAGUAGGGUCCAUGAUCCACUGCUAUGUGAAGCGAAGCAGUGUAUAGUUGAAUAGCACAUUACAGUUGAAUAGUAUGUACUGUAUUGGGGUUGGAUUGUUAAUUGCAUGUUUAAAAUGUUUUGAAUAAAAGUAGGGGGUGACCUUACAGUGCAUACAGAAAAUAUUCAGACCCCUUGACUUUUUCCACAUUUUGUUACGUUACAGCCUUAUUCUACAAUGUAUUAAAUUGUUUUUUCCCUCAUCAAUCUACACACAAUACCCCAUAAUGACAAAGGAAAAACAGUAUUUUAUUUUAGCAAAUCUAUUACAAAUAAAAAACUGAUACCACA